AUGGGCGAAUUCUUCCGUGAUAAUGGAAAGCAUGCAUUGAUUAUUUAUGACGACCUUUCAAAACAAGCUGUAGCGUAUAGACAAAUGUCGCUUUUGUUGCGUCGUCCUCCAGGACGUGAAGCUUAUCCAGGAGACGUUUUCUAUUUGCACUCUCGUUUGCUUGAACGUGCUGCCAAGAUGAAUGAGACACACAAGGGAGGAUCUCUUACAGCUUUGCCAAUCAUUGAAACUCAAGCUGGUGACGUGUCUGCAUAUAUUCCAACAAACGUUAUUUCAAUUACCGAUGGACAAAUCUUUUUGGAGACUGAAUUAUUCUAUAAAGGUGUUAGACCUGCAAUUAAUGUUGGUUUGUCUGUAUCUCGUGUAGGAUCUGCUGCACAGACGAAAUCUAUGAAACAGGUUGCUGGUUCAAUGAAAUUGGAACUUGCACAAUAUCGUGAGGUUGCUGCUUUUGCUCAAUUUGGUUCUGAUUUGGAUGCGUCAACGCAACAACUGCUCAAUCGCGGUGUUCGUUUGACUGAGUUGCUCAAACAGGGUCAAUAUGUCCCUAUGGCUAUUGAAGAACAAGUUGCUGUAAUUUAUGCUGGUGUCAAAGGUUAUUUGGACAAAAUUGACCCUUCACAAAUUACUCGUUUCGAAAAAGAAUUUCUUGCACAUAUUCGUGCACAUGAGCAAGAAUUGCUAAAAAUUAUUCGUGAAGAAGGCCAAAUUACUACAACAACGGAUGAUAAGCUUAAAAAUUUGGUUCAAACAUUUAUUGCAGCUUUUAAGCAUUAG